AUGCUAAUAUACGACAGAGAGAUCAAACAAUUGCCCCCCGGCCCGCAUAUCUUCUGCCCUAAGAAGGGUGAUGAUGAUCUAGAUCGAUACGAAGGCCAACAUGACCCAAGAUCCAACCACGACACAGCUACUAACCCAGAUCGACUCGCACGGAUCGAUGAGGCUGCCCGACGAAAGAAAAAGUUCAUCUCUUCUCUGCAACUUCUGGCCUACGACGGGCACGAGUCAGAGGAGUAUCAGCGAUACAUUUGGGAUACAAUCGAUGAAGCCCUCGGAAAAUGUGACAUUUGUAUCCGUGAAUAUUAUGUGGAGAAGCUCGACUUCGUUGCUGCAUUACGGCAAGAUUAUGAGGAGGAAGACAUCAAGACUUUUUUCGAUAUAAUCAAUCGUAGGGAUAUCUCCCGUAUCAUUGAGGGUCUCACGAAUGCAGAAAAGACUUUGAGAUCGGUGCCCGAGAAUAAGAGAGGCUUCCAGCUCUUGCAGCAGAAAGAUAUCCACGCCCUCUUUGAGGCUCUUGCUUGUGAAUCGUUCCUGCAAGAUGAGGAUAAGGUGCAGACUUAUUUCGAUGAGCCUUUUAAAAUGAUCCAAACAAGGAAACCACUCAAGAUGCGGGAAAUCCUCCCUGGUACGGUUCGCUUUCUUUUUGACUCAAAGCCAGCCAGACUCUCUUGGGCCACGGCAGUUGUUUGGGCUAGAUUCGCGAGAUCCCCUACAGAGCUGGAAUGGGAUUGGGCCAUGAAAGACUGCUUGCAAACGAAGUUACAGCAGGCUUCUGAGCCAGCUGACAUCGCAAGGCUAUGGAGUGGCCUGAAGCUCAUCGUGAGCAAACUCGAUGAGAAUAUGAUCACUCACAAGCUCUUUGAUCUCCAACCCUCCGUCGCUACUACUGGGAUGAACCAUCUGACCAAAAAAAUCCAAGCAAUUCCUUUUAUCGUGCAGACAUGGAAGAUCAUUCUGGACAAAGCUCCAGAUGCUUUCUGGCAAGGUAUGCAGUCAAUCCCAUCUCAGACUAUUAUCGAGCAAGUCUUUGCGAGUCCACAAUUCAAUAGGUGUCUUCGGGAGUCUGUCAAUGAGCCUGAACUUCCCGAUCUCGACGUCCUGUCCUGGAUACCUUCUUUCUUGAAAUCUCACAAACCUGCCAAUCGUCCGGCAGCAACACAAACCCUUGUCUAUCAGCUUUUCGAGAGAGUCAACAACACAGAUCUGAGCCUCCCAGCAAGGAAAGCGUGUUUUGAGAUGGCAGUCAAAGUCCUUCUCCAGACGCUCGUCAUUUUUUCCGACAACGAGAAGACUCGACAAUCUGUUGAACGGCUAGUACUGUCGGACAUACUCAAUUUGAUUGGGCAUAGACUGGAUGAAAUUUUGCGACCGAAAGACUCAGCUCUGGCAAGCUCGGUGUCGCCAGCAAGCAGGGAGAAUAUCUUGAGCAUAGUGAAGAACGCCGUUGCACUCGAAUGCCAAAAUCUGAAAUCCGACUUUGAGACACUGAGCCAAAGACAAACCCUCCCACACGGCUCGAGCUCGUACACACCUGAAAUAUGGAUGUCUGUCAUCAGUAACCUCCAAGAUGAUAAUACUGAUCUCUCUUCUGCUGCUCUGCUCGGUACCAUGUCUUUGCCUGGACUAGAGCAAUUUCGAAUGAAAAAUGCCGAGCCCUUCGCAAAGGAGAAGACCACGUAUAAUUUGAUAUUCGAGAAGCUCACAGGUGAGGUGGCCAAGAUGCUGGAGCGAAUCACCGAGUUCAAUCCGACACAUCUUGACAAUCUCUUCAGAUCUCAGAACACCAGCAUGGCAUUGAUUGCAGCGUUGUUCUCCCCUGACGAGAAUACUUAUCAGGCGGCCAUUGACCUUGUGAAGAACAUCAGUGGUGAAUCCGGCAGAAAAGAGGCGUUGGCUCAUCUAGUCGAUGCUUUCCUCGGGACUACAAUAUAUGCGCUCUGCUGGACAUAUCGGCGAAUAGCCAAUUACAAGACCUUUUCUUCUGUACCACGAAUGCUCAAAAAUGGUAUGGAAAUUCUAGAUGUCCUAUGCAACCCUGCAGACGGUCAAUUGAGAAGAAGUAACAUCUCCGGCCGAGACGUGUCAGCCGUCCAAAGCUACUGGUCAUAUCAAUGGAUUGCUCUUCGGGUCAUUUUCAGUCAAGCAGAACGAUGGUCUUUGGAGCUUCACAGCAAGGACGCCAUGAUGGAAGUCUGUCGAGAUGCUAUGCAAUAUGCACGCCAAUUGUUCGAUCAGUACGCUGUUUUCUCGAGCGUCUUGGUUGCUGCAAAGCCCGAGAAGGAAAUGGAUAUUCCCAUGCAAUUGCUGGAUUCCAGUGAAUCUCAGUUGGGAUCCCCCCUCAACGCACUUGACGCCAUGUCUAAAUGGCUAAGGCUCCGAGAUGAAUACCUUGCAGAUACGCUUGUGUCUCUUAUUGAACGUAUGCUAGAACAACUAAAGCGCCACCAAGCAGUUGCAGCCGAUAACAAUGGACUUGCGUACGUUCAGGAAGUUGCGACCAAACAGUCCAUCAAGACCAUUAUCUCACCAUCUCAAAAAGCACGACUUGUACGGGCAUUAGAACAGUACUACGGCAAACAGAUCGAAAAACCCGCCAUCAAAAAGCAGGCAACCUUGAACUUGAAAAACUGGACAGACUCUGCUGCUGCCUCCCGUUCCGAGGUAUCUACCCCUGCAUCUAAGGAUGACAGUGCAGACGAAUUCGGAGAUGACGAUAUCCCAGAUAAUGAACUUGUUGAAGUCGCAAGCAGAGUUUUAGACACCCAGAAACUGCCCACCGCAACCAAAGGGAUGAAAAUUAGUAGACCCCUCUUAACGCAACCCAAGCCAGUUAAACCCAAGACGUCCUCGGUCUCUGCUGCCCAAAUGGCAGCAAAAAAAGCCCAAGAUGCAAAGGCUUUUAUUGAGAAUCGGAAGAGGGAAGAAGCCGCUCGAAAGCUGAGAGACAAAGAGGCGGCUCUGAGAUUAAGGGGUCAGACUGGAGUCGGUCAGCAAACGAGGGGCCAAGGCUCGGGAAUGGCAGGUCUUGGAAUUCAAGGCAAGGAUCAUUCCCUGGGCAAGAGCGAUCUGAUGGUGUCUGAUGCUAGUGCCUCGGAAUCAGAGUCAGAGGAUGACCUGUUUACUUCAAGACCGCGCGGACCAACAGUACGCACGCAGACCGGCCAGCGUGGCAUUGUUUCACAAGGGCCCGUCCGUGUCAAGCGGGGAGUCCAAACACAGAGAGACAUGAGAUCACGGCUAGCUCCAGACCUGAGUGACCUCCAUAAAACCAUGCUCAACUGGGAAUUCUUCGCAGAAACGGACCUGCCACCAAAUUCGACCAGAGACGACUAUACAUUGGUAACAAGCACUUUUAGGUCUGUCGAAGAUUACCAGAGGACUUUCGAACCCCUUUUGAUGCUUGAAGGAUGGCAGGGUCUUAGGUCCGCUCGUGAGGAUGGCAGCUUCAAGCCAUUCGAGGUCAAAAUUGCGAAUUCAUUGAUUGUUGACAGCUUUCUCGAGAUCAAUUCUCAGAUGCCGUUCGCAGAGGGCAAGGACUUGCCCGUCAGUGCAUCCGAUAUCGUCCUUCUAUCAAAAUCGAAGACUCCUGAACGUGACCCAUCAGAGCCUCACUGUCUGGCCAGAGUGAAGGAAAUCACACGCAAAAAGGGUGAAAUUCAAGUCGUCUACAAAGUCUGUGCCUCCAACAAUUCUCUCCGACCCUUCUUGAACAACAAUUCAACCAUCUACGGCAUAUCAGUUCAAUCCCUCACUACCUUGGAGAGAGAAUAUGGCGCUCUGAAGGCUCUGCCAUACUACUAUCUGAGGGACUACAUCGUCAAAGCGGAACCUUCGGGGAUGCUCGAGUAUCCUGAGAAGGAAUUGCUCCCUUUGACUUCCACGUAUAAUGUCAAUCUUGCACAGGCCAAGGCGAUCAAAUCGGCCCUCGACAACGACGCAUUCAGUCUUAUUCAAGGUCCUCCAGGAUCUGGAAAAACGAAAACGAUAUGCGCGCUUGUUGGUGCUAUGUUGACCGCACCGCUCAAAAGACCUGCCAGCUAUGUUUCACGCUUUAGCAAUUCUGGAGGUGCAUCUGACUCCGCUCCUCAGAAAAUCCUUGUUUGUGCACCCAGCAACGCGGCAGUCGAUGAACUAGUGAUAAGGUUUAAAGAUGGAGUGACAUUGAUGGAUGGCUCCCAGGAGAGUUUGUCUGUGGUUCGCUUGGGACGGUCUGACGCAAUCAACAGCAAGGUCAAAGAUGUAACUCUUGAAGAACUUGUAAAUACCAAACUGAGUCUUGCUGCACCUAAGGAUCCCCGAGAAGACAUACACUCAUUGAUGAAGGAGCACAAAUCGGCGUCUGAGGACCUUAAUGCACUUCGAGGCAAGCUCAAUGAGCAACGUGGAAAAGGAGAAACAAUUCUAACCUCUGACGAGCGACUGAUGGACGGACUCAGGCGCAAAAAAAAUGCUUUGGGAACACAGAUUGACAAGAUGAGAGAACGCCAGAAUACUGCCUCUCGUGAUAUGGAGCUUAGCAGGAGGAGAGCACAGCAAGAGGUCUUGAACAACGCCAAGGUCCUCUGCGCAACUCUCAGCGGUAGUGGUCACGAGCUGUUCCAAGGUCUCAGCAUUGACUUUGACACUGUGAUUAUUGACGAAGCCGCUCAGUCGAUCGAGCUUUCGGCUUUGAUCCCACUGAAGUAUAAUUGUGCCAAGUGCAUAUUGGUUGGUGAUCCCAAGCAGCUGCCGCCCACGGUCCUGUCCCGAGAAGCGGCUAGGUUCCAGUAUGAGCAGAGUUUGUUCGCUCGCAUGGAGAAUAAUCACAAGAAGGACGUUCAUUUACUCGAUACUCAGUAUCGAAUGCACCCGGAGAUUAGCCUCUUCCCCAGCAAGACCUUCUAUGACUCCCGACUCAGGGAUGGCAACAAUAUGGCUCAGCUUCGAAGACGACCUUGGCAUCAUAGUGAGGUUUUUGCCCCCUAUCGUUUCUUUGACGUGCAAGGAAUGAGUCAAUCAGCUGCAAAAGGUCAUUCAUUGAUCAACCUGGCAGAGUUGAAUGUUGCUAUGCAGCUCUACGACAGAUUGACUACAGAUGUCCGCAGAUACGACUUUUCUGGAAAAAUCGGAAUCAUCACCCCAUACAAGGGGCAAUUGAAUGAAUUGAAGAAAAGAUUUCAGCAGCAGUACGGUGAAAGCAUUCUUUCAAAGAUUGAUUUCAACACAACCGAUGCGUUCCAGGGUCGCGAAAGUGAAAUUAUUAUCUUUUCGUGCGUCAGAGCCUCCACGCAAGGAAUUGGUUUCCUGAGGGAUAUUCGUCGCAUGAACGUCGGUUUGACCCGAGCUAAAUCGUCACUUUGGAUUCUGGGAAACUCGGAAGCAUUAAUUCAAGGCGAGUUCUGGAGAGCACUGGUCAAUGAUGCCAAGUCAAGAAAACUUUACACAGAAGGUGACAUUUUGGGUCUCCUCCGUCGGCCCCUCUUGACAGAGGACAUGAUGAAAGACGAUAUUGAGAUGAUGGAUGUGGACCAGUCUAUAUCCAAGCCUACAAAUGCUCAAGUUGGACAAUACAGCCUUAACCAAGCGGUGGUGAAGGAGUUCCCAGCUGCAGCGUCGAAAACCAUUAGAGAUGAGCCCAGAUCCGGUGCUACGUCACAGCGUAAUACGCCAGUGCCAUCGAGGCCAAGUAGCAAUCUCUCCCGGACCUCAUCUACUUCUUCUAGCACAAAGGCGGAACACCAAAGCUCUAAUCAAUCCGACACCGGACGAGACAAGCCCAGAAACGAGAGUCUUCAUCAAGAACCUUUAUCUGCCCAUCAACCGCAAACAUCACACCAAGCAGCUCCGCGACCUGAUUUCAACAGUGGCACAUAUGGCCCGUCAGGGGGCGCCAAUGGACUCAAUGCCCAGGCUGUCUGCGUUAUAUGUGGCUCUUUUGCGCAUUUCAGUUUCAAUUGCGAUAAUGGAGAGGCUCUCGCAGCUGCGAUCGGAAAGUGCAGUCGAUGUCAUCUGUCAGGUCACACAGCUAGCAGCUGUCUCGCACCACGAUGCAAAUCAUGCGGCGAGGUGGGACAUUUGACAAAGGAAUGUACGGCUGCAGAGAAGUACAGAUUGAAACCUGAUCAGCAAGAGAAGGUCAAGAGAGAAGAAAUCAGAUGGAAUCAUCUUCGGGACCGAAAUCGCACGAAGAGGGCAGAGAAGCAGCUCGGCGAGCACGGUGCGAAGAUUCCAAAUGUCAAGAGCAGCGUCCCUCCAGACUCUGCAGCUGUUGCAAAGAGAAAGAGAGAGGACGGUGCACUUACCAUGCGAGAUGCCUCGGAUUGGAGCAAGGUACCUCGAUUGGACACUAGUACUUCCAUUGAGCACAAUCGCGACCCACGUCGCCCCAAAGCUCCUCAGCCUGGUCCUGCCGCUCAACCUCGUGGUGCGGUCAACUCCCCAUCAUCGCAGAGACCUCCUGCUGGAGCUGGAGCUGGUCUGCCUGCCAGGUCUCCUGCCGGUCCCGGCGGACGACCAGGAAUCAUGCCAGGACAGUCAAUGGUCCGGAGGAAGAAAUCCAACGCUGAUGCUAUGUUCGUCAAGAAGAAAUGA